AAACAAAUACUCUUCAUUCUGCACGGCGUAUUCGACACGGUUUAGGUCAUGAUGGACGCGGUUUCUCAGCCGCGGCAAAAGUCUCGAGCGCCAUUACGAAAUCAUCGACGCAAACGAGCAAAAGAAGACGAGAAGGAGCAAGUAAAAGAAAAGGCCGACUAUGAUAGGAAUGGCCCUAAUGGUAAUAGGCCUCACACCCCAAAGGAACCACCUUCAAAACGCGCAAGAACGAAUGGCAAAGGCAAAGAAAAGGAGUCUGAACUUGAGCUAGGUGAACUGCCCAAUGAUUCAAGCAGACCGUUCGAGAUUGGCGACGAAUUCAUACCCUUUGUGGUCAGCGAUGAUGAUGCAGAAGCACCCAAGACGCAGGACUCUCGCCGCAGUAAGGUAGAGAUAACAAGAGAGAAGGCGCCGGAGCGAGAAUGGGAUAGAGGAAAAAGAGAAAUGGAUGGGGAUGGAUUCCAUGACAGAGCUGGUCGGGGAACAAAACGAACGUACGAAAUGGUCUUUGAUGAAGAUUCAUGGGACCACAGAAAACGCAGACAGGGAUAUCACCCUGCUUUAAGAAAGUCCCCUUGGGUCGCCAAGGUCGACUGGGACGGCUGCCGCAAUGUUGCGGAGAUGUUGCAUCGUGAGGUUGUAGCCUUUGUCAAUUACAUGUCGCCAACUCCAAUCGAGGAUGAAAUCCGUGGACUGGUAGUUUCUCUCGUUUCAAGGGCGAUCACGAAUGCAUUCCCGGAUGCCCGGAUACUACCCUUUGGAAGCUAUGAAACUAAACUGUACCUCCCUAAUGGGGACAUAGAUCUCGUAAUCGACUCAGAUUCAAUGGCCUACAGCGAUAAAGUGACUGUCCUGCGCGCUCUCGCCAAUGUGAUCAAACGCGCACAAAUAGCUUCCAGAGUCACCAUCAUUGCCAGAGCCAAAGUGCCCAUUAUCAAAUUCGUCACGAUUUAUGGCAGGUUAAAUGUUGAUAUCAGCGUAAAUCAGGGUAACGGCGUCGUCGCUGGCAAGAUCGUGAACGGCUUUCUCAACGAUAUGCGCGGUUGUGGGUUUGCGCUUCGGAGCCUCGUCAUCAUCGCGAAAGCGUUUCUAAAUCAGCGGGGGAUGAACGAAGUGUAUACCGGCGGCCUGGGCAGCUACAGUAUCGUCUGUCUGGCAGUCAGCUUCCUCCAGAUGCAUCCCAAGAUUCGGAGGGGGGAGAUAGAUGCAGAGAAGAAUCUUGGCGUUUUGGUUAUGGAGUUCUUCGAGCUCUAUGGUUGCUAUUUCAACUAUGAGGAAGUUGGAAUAUCUGUGCGUAACGGAGGGUUGUAUUUUAGCAAGAGACAGAGAGGAUGGCACGAUUCACUGAAGAAGAACCUCUUGUCGAUUGAGGACCCUACCGAUCCCUCGAACGAUAUCUCCAAAGGCUCUUUUGGAAUUGUGAAAGUUCGGCAGACUCUGGCGGGAGCCCAUGGAAUCAUGACAUCAAUGGCCUUCAUGAGGGCUGGGAUCUUAGGUGCACGCAGGGAAGGGCGGACAUACCCUUUACGUCGACAUGGGGAACCAGAGGACAUGAGCAUUCUGUCCAGUAUACUUGGCGUCACGCAAGAGACAGUAAAUAACCGAUUGUUACUGCAAGAGGUUUAUGACCAACGGUCGCUCCAUAAGCUGCUUGGAACUUCGCCCAUGCCUCACGUAGUUGUUGCCAGCGUCCUUGACACUGCUACUCAUGGAAGACCGUCAACAGCGGUAGCCAGCACAGAGAGCUGGGAUCGUAGCGUGGAUAUGACGCUCGAAACCGACGAGGAGUCACUACCGCAGGAACCUAGCGGUUCCCGUCAAGACAAUGAUGAGCUGGGCAAAUAUCACAUUGAGAAGCGGCGCACCUUACAGAAGCAUAGAGCUAGUCAGUCGGAUCAGCAACCCGAAGUUUUCACCGCCGACGAAGAAGACUCAGUAGAUGAGGAAGAAGCGGUCUAUGAAAUGGGUCUAGAUGACGGAUUUUCCGGUGAUGAAACGCGGAGCAGGAUGAGCAGACGCAGAUCAUAUUGGCUCUCGAAGGGUAUUGGGGACGACAGUGAUGAUGGUAGUAGCUGAUGUAUAUUACAGUAGCAUCAGAGACUCAGGGAGUGUAGCUAAUUGACAUGAAGCAGACCCCAUACGGCUUAGAGCUUGGAGCCGAACAAGC